AUGGCCAGAACGGAGAAGACCGGCGCACACCAAGCGUCGGAUAUCGAGGCUGUUCAGCUUGACCGUGACAACAUCACCAAUGAGAAAGCAGCACCACGCCCUGGCGAAUACGUGGAAAACCCGGCCAAAUACAACCAAGAGACAGAGCACAUCGGCACUCUAGAGCGUAGACUCAAGUCUCGCCAUGUGCAAUUCCUUGCCCUCUCUGGUGCCAUUGGCACAGGUCUUUUUGUCGGCAGUGGCCAGGUCAUCUCGCUGGCUGGCCCCCUCUCGGCCGUACUCUCGUACGCCAUCACCGGGUUCAACCUCUUCUGCGUUAUCAACAGCCUCGGCGAAAUGGUUACCUGGCUGCCCCUCCCUGGCGCCGUCCCCAUCUUUGCCACUCGAUAUGUAGACGAGGCUCUAGGCUUCACCCUUGGCUGGAAUUACUGGUACCAGCUGGCCAUUGGCGUGCCGCUCGAGUGCACCGUCUGUGCCGUCAUCAUCGAUUACUGGGACCACAGUCUCCCCAAAGCGGGGCUUCUCACCAUAUUCUAUGUCGCCAUGGUCAUCGUGAACUGCUUCCCAGUCAACAUCUAUGGAGAAGCUGAGUUCGUCUUUGGCGCCAUCAAGCUCACCACCAUUGUUGGGCUCAUAUUGCUCAUGCUCAUCGUUACAUGUGGCGGUACUCCCACAGGCGAGGUUAUUGGCUUCAAGUAUUGGAGAGAUCCUGGCCCAAUGAAUGAAUAUCUCAAAGAAGGCCCUCUCGGUCGGUUCCUUGCCUUUUGGAAGGUCUUCAUCCAGGCGACCUUCUCAUAUGGUGGCAGUGAAAUGGUUGCCGUCGCUGCAGGAGAAACCGAGAAUCCACGUCGCAACAUUCCCAAGGCCGUACGCAGAGUGUUCUGGCGAAUCCUCUUGUUCUAUGUUCUCGCCAUGUUCCUCGUCUGUAUGUGUGUGUCAUCCGAAGACCCGAAGCUACUCAAUGCCAUCAGCAGCAACGCGCCCGGCGCCAACCAGAGUCCGUUUGUCAUUGCUAUUGACAACGCCAAGAUCAAGACCCUGCCUGGCAUCCUGAACGGCAUAGUCCUUACUUCUGCCUGGUCUGCUGGCAAUUCGUUCUUUUAUUCCUCCACUCGAGUGCUCUACUCAGCUGCUCUAGACGGCAAGGCGCCUGCCUUCCUGAGGUAUGAGAAGUUUGGUGUACCGUAUGGAUGUGUCGCAAUGACGUCUGCCUUGGGCCUUUUGACCUAUCUCAAUGUCAACGAGCAGUCAAAUGAGGUCUUCUUCUGGAUCAGCAACAUCUCUGCCGUCAGUACCUUGAUCGUCUGGGCCGCCAUCUCGUAUACUUAUGUCCGAUUUUACCAUGCACUGAGGUACAAUGGAGUUGAUCGCGAUACUCUACCCUUCAAAUCACCUCUGCAGCCAUAUCUCGCGUGGUUUUCCAUUUGCUUCUGCCUUCUCAUCGCCUUCUUCAAUGGAUUCGACUGCUUCUUCCCCGGGAAAUUCAGCGCCAAGACAUUCAUUCCUCCAUACAUUGACAUUCCGAUUGUGCUUUGUUUGUUCUUUGGAUACAAGUUUGUUAAGAAGACCAAGUUCGUCCGGGUAGAGGAGAUGGAUAUUUGGUCGGGCAAGGCUGAGAUUGACCGUCUGGAACCUCUAUGGCCCGUCGUGAAACCGCGGAACUUUUUGGAGCGUAUCUGGUUCUGGAUUGCAUAG